AUGAUAUUGAACGGCUUCUUGCUGCUUUUGGAAGUAUUUUAUGACACUUUGCACUGUCAACGAAAUGGGCAGAAUACUGUACGUGUCGAUAAUAUUUUGAAAGUUUGCGAUUUUGGUUUAUCAAAAUAUGAAUUUGAAAGCGAAUAUGAUGAAACGCCAAAUUUCAGUGCACCAGAAGUUUUGAUAUCACAAGAACAACACUAUCAACCACAAGCUGAUAUCUGGUCCAUUGGUGCUAUCUUAUAUUACAUGGCAUAUGGUAAACAGCCAAAUUGGAAUCCAGAAAAUCGUGCUUGGGAGCCACCAUAUGGACAUCAGCCAGUACAAGACCCAUUAGUAAGAGAUUUACUUAUGAAGGCAUUGCAGUACUACCCUGAAGAUCCUGAUGGUGACGCAGGUCAAUUAAACAAAACUACACGUAGACAAUGUAAAACAUUAUGUAAAUCAAUACGAUCAAAAAAUCGACAACAAAAGCCGCUCGUCAUUGUAUUUUAUUUCGAUAAAGGCGAUGUUGUUAUCUCGCCAUGUAAACGUCGUAUGCCAAGAAGUAAAAUUGAAGAAAACAAUCUUGAUGAAUCAAAUCUUGUUGAUAUAUCAAAUGAAAUCUAUAGGUUGAAUGUAAAUUCGCCUGAUCACAAUAAUGCUUCACCUGUUCAUAAUGAUGCUUCACCUGAUCACAAUGAUGACUCGUCUGUUCAUAAUGAUGCUUCACCUGAUCACAAUGAUGACUCGUCUGUUCAUAAUGAUGCUUCACCUGAUCGUUAUGAUGCUUCAGUUGACAUUAAUAUGUCGCUUGAAGACAAUCAGAUAAUCAUUACUUUACAAAAUGAGCGGAAAAAACUAUGGACGACUUCGAUCGCAAAAUCGAUAAAAUGA